AUGCUUCUUCGGCAGUUACUUUUCUUAAUACUUACACAAUUAGUAUUAUUGUAUAGUUUUACUGAAGAUCAAUGGAAUAGUUUCGAUGCAUAUGGUGUAAAAUUGGCAACAAACGAUGGAGUCGUAGCGCAAGCACGUAAUCAAGAUGCUCAGUUUGUUCUGCAAUUCGCUCCAUUCAAUCCAUCUAAUUUAUCAUCACCAUGUUACAUUGAUUAUCCAGGCGUUGUUACAGGUAACAGAAAUUUUAUCUACAGUAUAGAUGUACCAAAAGUAGUCUCUAAUGAUGUAUCUAUGGUUUUCAUUGGUGAAAAUAUCAAUAAUUCGACAUCAUCAUAUCCGUUCGUUGGACAUCUACUUGCAAAUUUAUCCUGUCAAACUACAUACAAUAUGUAUUAUUUCGUUCCAUUUGGACACGAUGAGUUUUUUGUACAAAGUGUCGAUCCAUCAGGUCAAGUAGCGUAUGGAUUUUCCAGUCGAUUUGCUUUCAGCUACGAUUUACAAACACACAAUGUUACGUAUUUAUCACAAUGGCCCUUGGCAAACUUUACACCACAUGCUGUCGAUGUAAGUAGUAGUCAUAUGGCUAUAAUCGCUGGUUUUAUUAGUGAUUCACAGAAUAAAUAUAAACCUAUUGUCUACAUGUUACAAAUGAAUCGAAGUUUCUUUACAAUUAUUGAUACAUGGUCAUAUAUACCAUCGAAUAGCUCGUGGCAAGCUACAACAUCGAAUAGAGAUGCAAGUAGUUUUACUCGAAAACAUAUUAUGAGUGUCUCUAUGCAUGAUAAUACUUCAGCUGUACUUGUUGGUAUGCCAUCUUACAAUAUUGUCUUCUGGUUUUCUAUGGCGACAACGAAUUUAUCAUUGUUAGCAUCUCGUGACAAUGGAUAUCAUCGUGGUUAUGGUCAAAGUUUAGGAUGGAGCGAUGAAGACGGAGGUCCAUAUCCUGUUAUACUAGGAAAUACAUAUACGUUUCCUUAUCAAUGGUCUAGCUCGAUUAUCUACUGGUUCUAUUGGUAUCAAUUUAUCUCAAGCGAUCCGAUCAUGCCAUUGUAUCCUACAGUUCAAUGUCCUCAAUGGGUUGAUCUUGGUAAACAUCUGAUUACUAUCGCUAUGUCAACACUCAAUCUUGUACUUCUCGAUUCAGUUGGACAGAUAUAUGUCAUGUUACAAGCUCCAACAGGCUCUUAUCCAGAUACAAGUGUAGCUAUCGGUUCGAAUCCUACAUUUUCUGAUUUUAUUUUAUGUCCAGUAGGUACCUACAAAUAUUGGGUAGGUAUUUAUAUAUGUUAUCCAUGCACAAUGGGAACAAUGACUACAGUAGAAGGAAGUACUGGCUGUUUACCAUACGAUUGCGAUGGAGAAAAUUCAUUUUGUCCACUUGGUUCAAUCACAAAUGAUACUUAUUCAGAUAUGAUCACAUUUGUCUCUCAAGAACUUAGUUAUCCUAAAUCACCUGAAUCUACUAUCUUCGAUGAUAUUCUUAUUCAGAAUAUGUUUACACUUGGUGGUUCAUCUCAUUGUUUACUUGUUUCACCUACAUUCUGGGUCAUAGUCGUGAGCGGUUUUAUAAUGCUUAUUCUUCUUAUUAUGGGUAUUCUUAAAUUAUCAAAACAACAUCAUGAAACUCGUCUCUUAAUUAAACAUAUCUUUCGUCGAGCAGAUCUUAUUAACGAAGGUGAAUUAUGGGUCGGUGGACUUGCUUCCAUUGCCCUUAUCGUGUUAUUGAUAUUUGCCUAUCACUUCAGUCAAUCUUAUUUACAUCAAUAUCCAAUUGAAACUACAUCACCAUCUACAUUCGCAUGUGAUGACACACUUCGUAAUGCAAAAUUUGAUACAAAUCUUCAAUCACUUUCAACACCUCGUAAUGAAGAAGAACAACCAAUGUUUGAUUUACUCGAGCAACAACAAUUUAUACUCACUAUUGAUUUUAUCAAUACUCAACAAACAUGUGAUGACGUAGAGGUUACGCAGACUAUUCAUGCUUAUUCGAAAGCGAUAUCAUCAAAUUGCAGUUAUAAUCGAUCCAUACUUACGAUUUCGACUGUCCUUCAAUCACACACAAUCGAACUUAACUAUGAUUUUACUUAUGCGAGAUCAAUUGGUGGUUUUCGAGUUCGUUUCUAUGGUCAACAACUCGAAUCACGUAAUUCAUCGAGCAAUAUACAUUAUCUUGUUCGUGAGCUUAACUUUAUUCAACCAUUCCUGAAUAACAAUCAGACAAUGGCUUAUGAUCCAAAUAUUGAAUUUGAACUUAUUCGUGUUAUCAAUCAAACUGAUUCACUUGAUGAUAAUGGAGAAACUGAUUAUAAUGCUCUAUGGAGUCUGAUUAGUCUUACCAGUACUUCAGAUCUUUUUCUUACCUAUGAUAAUUAUAUGUAUUAUGGUUUAUUAAAAACAUCAUUCUCAAUUUCUCUAUCAGAAACAACUUAUUUUAUUAUGAAUCAUCAACAACCUAUUGUUAAACAAGCAGAAGUCAUUUUUCAUAAUCUUCUUUUUACAAUUGUCUGUUUAGAAUUAUUUGGACUUCUAUUUAUUGCUAUCAAACUCAUUGGAUUACCAUUAUUCAAUAGAAUACGACGUUUGGUUAAAAAACAUUCCAGUAAAAUCUAUCCAGAACAUUCUACCGAGUCAUUAUGCCCAUCACCGCAGUUAGAAGACUACACAACGCCUGUCUAA